GUGCCAGGAAUUCGUGCAUCCGGGAUUUAAUCAGCUCUAACCCUUCGGAAUAUGAAUGUGGAAAGAAGCAGCGCCAGUCUGAGCACCCGAACUGAGUUCCGAUCCCAUUCUUGGCGCAAGCUUUGCAACCACUUUCUUUUCCAUGCGAAUCUCUGGGCUUAGAUCGUCGAGUCCAGGAUCGCAACUCCUCGCUUCAAGUUGCGAGCUUGGGCUCGACCAGCGGAGGAGCUCGGGCAUUUGUCGAUAUGUGAAAAAGUUACGCUUGCUUGCUCUGAAACGCCCCAGAUCCUCGUGCUCACGCCUCCAUAAGCACUCCUGGCCCAGCACUUGGGAAUUCGGCCGACGAAUGCACACAAUUCUCCUGCAGACGAAGGUUUCAUGCAGAGACCGUGGAAUGUACUAUCACCUUCGGCUCACUCACGAUGAGAUCUUGUGGGCAAGAUGACACUUUCUGCUCUCUGACUUUCUUGCUCACACAGAUUGACAAUCUACGCCGAACCGGAUGACCGUGGCUGAG